AAAGUAGCCUAGCAGAUCACGUAAUUAACAAAAUACAUUUCCUGCUAUUUACUUCUGCGUUGACUGGAUUGCGUAAACGUGUAUGAUGGUUAACGGGAUAGUAGGAUUGUUCAGUUGGAUAAUUGUGGUAACAGGUGGACUUACACAUACUGUCUCUCAUCUGGAGAUGAACCCUUCCAGAUUGGUGGUGAGGUAUGGAGACUCAGUUUCAGUCAACUGCAGUACAUCAGUAGCAGACCCUGAAGGCAUGGGCUGGGAAUCAUCUGAGGGAGCCACAGGCUUGAUUGAAGACGUCACAUGGGUCAUGUGGACAGUAGAGAGCUUGGAAGACUGGGAUGGAAGUCCAAAGUGCUUCGUCAAUCUCAAGAAUGGAGUUCAGCAUGUGGAGACACUUGAGGUCACUCUAUACCAUCUUCCAGACGUUGUGUCCAUCUCUCCUCUGAACCACACUGGACCAAUGGUGGAAGGGACAGAGUACCAGCUGCAGUGUGACGUCCUCAAUGUUGCUCCUGUCCGGAACCUCACUGUGACCUGGUACAAAGGAAAUGAAACCAUAAAGACACACUCUUAUAGUGACCAGCAUAAGACACCGGUGAAUAAGUCAUCUAUCCUCACCAUCACCCCAAGUAGAGAAGAUGACGGAGCACUGUACAGAUGUGAAGCUCAGCUGAACCUGGGACCAGAGGGACCACAUCCUUCUCCUGUUAAUACAUCAGAACAUCAUAAUAUCUUAGUGCACUACCCACCAGUCUUCCUCAGUUCCAGCACCAAGACCUUUGAACUUAGAAACGGGGAUGAAGUCACUUUUAACUGCACUGCCACAGGAAACCCUGCCCCUGUGUACAGCUGGCAGACCCCACAACCCCAGGAAAAUGUGGGGGAUCAACCUCUUUUUACCUCAUCCUCACUGCUCCCAGGAACCUACAAUUGCACUGCCUCUAAUGAUAUAGGCAAACAAACCAAGCUGUUCAUCAUGAAGCGCAAAGGUAGUAGCUCUGGGACCACUGCUGGAAUUGUGAUGGCUUUGCUGGCUCUUGUUGCUCUAGUGUCUGUGUGCAUGGUGUAUCAAAAACAGAGAAGCACUCUGGUUACUGGCACUGGUAUUGCAGGGCCACAACCUUAUCCAAGGCUUAGGCAGACUGGGACAUAACCCCCAUUAACCACACCCCUUUUCCCUACAGAGGAUCGCACAACAUUCUGGGCUAUUAUUGGAUCAAUGUUGGGCCUGGCACUGGUGAUCACCAUUACAUAUGCAAUCUUCAAAUGCAAAGCGGGUCCAGAUUCUAUCAUAUGAACAGCUCUGUCUGGAGAGUUGAGGAAUGCCUCAUCAAACACUCGGAAUCAAAAUAAUGCAAGUAUUUUUUAAUAUGAUGCUAGCUUUAACCCUGCACAUCUUUGAAAUUGAACAUUUAUUGUUAAAGGUAGGGCCGGUAGUGUUGUUGAGACACUCUUUUUGUGAUAUUUGUGUGCUGAAAAAAAGUUCACAUCCUGAUAGCAACUAAUAAAUCUAAAGGUUUGAGAGUAAAAUUGAAAUAAACCCGAUAUCUGUGGGCGUCGCAAGACUGUAAUAAACACGACCAAUCGUUUAGCUUGGACCGAACUUAAUGAUUGAAGGGUUUUGGGCCAAAUGCAAUGCUUGUACCUACCUCCCAGCAGUAUCAGCCAGCAUGUUCAAGUGUUUUUGGGGAGUGGCUUUGAAGGGAGGGGGUGGGAUAUUUUAGUAGUUUGAAUUAUGUCAAAUUCAAGUCAAAAUUGCUACAUUUGCUAAACAUACCAAUCCUACCUUUUUAAAUCAGUGUUCUUUGUGCCAGAUAAGUGAGUUGACAGUAACAUUUAUGCAUUUUAGCAGACGCUUUUAUCCAAAGCGACUUCCAAGAGACAGUUCAAUUGCUUUUUCCCUGGCAAUGUUUUUAGUGUUCAAUUUCUCUAAUCUCAAACCAACUAAUCUCAAACACUGAGGGUUCUUUUCCAUGACAGGACCUGACUACUUGCCUUUUUUGGUUUUCCAUCAGGCAGAUCUGUUGUUUUGUUUUUGUGUAUUCUUCUGGACUACCUCCUAUAGAGGAGCGGGCUAAGGCAAUACCGAACAGUGAUGUGAAAAUACUGCAGACUGCUGGCUGGUCAUAGAAAUUGCAACAUGGGCCAUUCUGCACAAACCUGCCGUUUAAAAAUGGCUAAGCUACUAUUGCUGCAUUUUUUUUUAAAUUCAUUGGACUACCCAAUUAAAUGGCAACCAACAAAACAAUGCCAUAGUCAAUUGAGGAGGUGCAGGUACUGCUCUGUUUGGUUGCCAACAAAAAUGAUCCAGUGAGAUCCAGCACAUUUAAGACAACUUCACAGCAGUUUCAUGACCAGCUACAUUGGGGGGUACUAUCUGCAGUGGAAAACCAAGUACCUGGUACCAAAAGCAAAUCAAGUUUAGCCGGUACCAAAACCCAAAAGGGCCUUUAUUUACAUUUCACCCUGAACCCUCUACUAAAUCCAUAGAUUUUUUGAGGGCAUAGGAAUAUUAAUAAUAAGAGUGUGGUGGUAUACUGCCCAGUGCCCAUACUUAUAUGAAUAUUUCAAACUUUAAGUCCAUCUUCUUGCAAAUGUUGGCCUCUAACGCUAUCCACUAUAUGUACUGGACAUGGGUAGGGAAGCUUUAUGAGUGUGAUUUUUUAAAUAUGAUUUAAAUGUGUGAAAAUGCUAUAUUGAUGCUCAAGGAUCAUUAGGGAUGCACUAUACUAUACUAUACACUAGGUGCUUGUCUGUUGUUCUAACCCAUGACGUGCAUUAUCAUUUAAAACUGUCUUUUUAACGUAAUUUUUUUUCAUCAGUUGUCUCAUGUAAUUGUGGUUUUACUCCUUGUUUUUCUUUACUAAAUAGAUGAUGUAUUUUUAUGUUCAAAGUUUCAAGUUCUUAAAAACAACUGGUGCAAAUAUAAAUGUAUUUUUUCUAUGUACAUCAGACAGCAUUUUCUGUUCAAUUUCAUUCAACUAUCAAGCCAGCCAUGUAUGUUUAGAGGGAGAAUGCUAAUUAAGUAAGUACGUUUUAGUGUGCCAUGUUCUGCUGUCUUUUGUAGGCCUUGUUGGACCUUUCUCUCAUUGUCUAUCCAGCUUACAUCACCCCAGCCCCAACACUGCCAUACUAAUCAGUACAGAACAAAGUGAAUGUAAAGUAAACCAUGAAAGUCCCUUUGUUUUCCUGUCUAUGGUGGCCCCUAUAAUGACCUCCUUUUCAAAACUUUU